CUGCAGACCGGUCUUCACUGGCAAGCUCAACACCCCAGUCUUCAGUGGGGAACUGCUGAACAGGCACAGAGGCACCUGCAUGCCUUCAGACCAGUCCGAACUUCUGGAUGGUGACCACGAAGGACUGGCUUGACUUUGCUUGCUCUGAGGCUGCAGCAGCUAAGUGAUUCUGUGACCUCUGACAGGAGCCAGCAGAAGGGAUACAGAAACAUGGAGUAUAUGACGGAAUCCGCCGACCGCACCCCUGGACACAUCUUGUGCUGCGAGUGUGGUGUCCCAAUCAGUCCAAAUCCUGCCAAUAUUUGUGUGGCCUGUUUGCGAAGUAAAGUAGACAUCAGCCAAGGCAUUCCGAAGCAGGUCUGUGUGUCUUUCUGCAAGCAAUGUCAAAGAUAUUUCCAGCCACCAGGAACUUGGAUACAGUGUGCAUUAGAAUCCAGGGAACUUCUUGCUUUGUGUUUGAAAAAAAUCAAAGGCCCUCUGAGUAAGGUACGGCUUGUAGAUGCAGGUUUUGUUUGGACUGAGCCCCAUUCUAAGAGACUUAAAGUUAAACUGACUAUUCAGAAAGAGGUAAUGAAUGGUGCUAUCCUUCAGCAAGUGUUUGUGGUGGAUUAUGUUGUUCAGCCUCAGAUGUGUGGAGAUUGCCACAGAGUAGAAGCUAAAGAUUUCUGGAAGGCUGUGGUUCAAGUGAGGCAAAAGACUUUGCACAAAAAAACCUUCUACUAUCUGGAACAGUUGAUUUUGAAAUAUGGAAUGCAUCAGAAUACACUUCGUAUCAAAGAAAUUCAUGAUGGGCUGGAUUUCUAUUAUUCCUCAAAACAGCAUGCUCAGAAGAUGGUAGAAUUUCUUCAGUGUACAGUUCCCUGUAGACACAAAGCCUCACAGAGACUGAUCUCUCAGGAUAUCCAUAGUAACACAUACAAUUACAAAAGCACUUUUUCUGUGGAAAUUGUUCCAAUUUGCAAGGAUAAUGUUGUUUGUCUGUCUCCAAGACUGGCACAAAGCCUUGGAAAUAUGAACCAGAUUUGUGUGUGUAUUCGAGUAACCAGUGCCAUCCAUCUCAUAGAUCCAAAUACCCUUCAAGUUGCAGAUAUUGAUGGAAGCACUUUCUGGAGUAACCCUUUCAAUAGUUUAUGCCAUCCCAAACAGCUAGAGGAAUUUAUUGUGAUGGAAUGCAGCAUAGUCCGAGAUUUAAAACGCAGUGCCGGGGCUGGAAUGAUAUCAAAAAAGCAUAUGCUUGGGGAAGUCUGGGUACAGAAAACAUCCGAAAUGAAUACAGAUAAACAGUACUUCUGUCGCACUCAUUUGGGACAUCUUCUAAAUCCUGGAGACCUGGUAUUGGGAUUUGAUUUGGCCAACUGUAACUUAAAUGAUGAGCAUGUCAAUAAAAUGAACUCAGAUAGAGUCCCAGAUGUGGUGUUAAUCAAGAAGAACUAUGACCGUACCAAACGUCAGCGUCGUAGAAACUGGAAACUGAAAGAGCUUGCAAGAGAGAGAGAAAACAUGGAUACAGAUGAUGAAAGGCAAUACCAAGAUUUCCUUGAAGAUCUUGAAGAAGAUGAGGCAAUUAGAAAAAAUGUAAACAUUUAUAGAGAUUCAACCAUUCCUGUGGAAAGUGACACGGAUGAUGAAGGAGCACCUCGAAUUAGUCUGGCUGAGAUGCUUGAAGACCUUCAUAUUUCCCAAGAUGCUACUGGUGAAGAAGGUGAAUCGAUGAUGACACAAUGAGAUUGGGUUGUAGAUGAUUUCCAUAUCUGUAGGCUCAGGAUGUUGGACAAAAUAACUUUUAUUGUCUAUUCCAUUUGUGCUUCCAUAUUGAGAGAGGAGAAAUUUAGUUUUAAACUUGAAUAAAUGGGACUAUUUUGAUUGCUCAUUCAGAGCACUGAAAGAGAUUGAUGGCUUUGAAGUUUUAGAUAAAAGAUUAUGGAGAAUGUAAUUAUUACAGAUAUUUAGGCCAUUUUGCGUGUGGAAUUUUAUAAGUUUGCCUUUUUAGGAGACCCUACUCUUUUCCAUACUGUAGCACUGGAUUUCAAAUCUUAAAAGUUGUGAUUAUUUGGAGGUUACCUAAAUCUUGAAUCAUAAAACAAGCUUUACAUUCAUUUUGCAUCGAUUGCUUUAGUAAAAGUGCAUAUGAAGAAUCAUUUUUAAUAGGAACUUUUUAUGUACUUUGAUCAUUUUUAUGUCAUUGGGGUAGGUAAGUUGUGGUUCAGUUUAUUCCUGGACAUUCGGGAGAAGUUAUUCAAAAUGUUAACAUCUUCAAAAGCUGUUAAAUUGGGGAUUAUCUUGAUUUUUAUUACAGAAGAAAAUAUGUUUAAAAUAUGUAUGGAUUUGUAGCAAACAUAGACUUCUUAAAGGUUAACAAUGUGUACUUUCGUUAUUUUUGCUCAGGCCAGCAGCUUAGAGCAGUAGCUUAUGUCAUAAAAAUGUCUUCCUAUCACUUCAAACAUUUUUGCUUUUAAAAUUUUGGUUUACAAAUUGAGAAGGAAGGAAUUUUCUUCAUAUUAAGUUUUCUGUCAUUGAGUAGAUCACCAUCAAAAAGAAUAUUUGAAUCCAGCAUAUACAUGAUGAAAUAAUGAAAAUGAUCUUUAUGCUUUAUAAAACCGUGAAUCAGACUUGAAUGAGAAAUACCUUCCACUCUUUGAAAGAAAAACAUUGGCUUGAAUUUUAAAGUGUUCUGAGAAUGAAGUAUUAAGAUCCUAUUUCUAUAAGCAAUAUCAGACUUACUAAGUAUGCCAGAACCAAGAGCUAAUUCAUAAACUCUAGGAAUACCACUAAAUAAGGCAAUUAAGUGAGUGCUGAAUGGAGCAUUUUCCUUUUUUUAAGAUUAGACUCCCCAGUUCUGAAGUUAUGGAUAAAGGCCUGAAGUUUUUAUAGUGGCUCCUGUUCUCUCUGCAUAUUUAAAGUUUUCACUUGUGGUUUGGUUUACCUCUUGUAUGUCAAGACUUUAAGAAGCAUGAAAUAAAAACAUUUUCCCCUUU